AUGAUUAAAAGAGUCAUGGAAGCCGCAGGAAAACCGUUGGUCAAGGCCACCGCCCAGAGAACUCAAGAGCUUGUUGGUAAUUACGACGCCAUUGGUGCUCAAGUCGCCGAGGCUUGCAAGAAAUAUCAGAGACCACAGUCACAAGUUCGAGUGUUGCCAGUAUCAAAGUUCAAGCCAGCUAAUGAUAUUUUGGCAUUGUACGAAACCAAGGGUCUUAGAAACUUUGGGGAAAACUAUGUCCAAGAGUUAGUGGAAAAAUCCCAAAUAUUGCCAGAAGACAUCCAAUGGCACUUUAUUGGUAAUCUUCAGAGCAAUAAAGUCAAGCACUUGGCUACCGUGAAGAACUUGUUUGUUAUUGAAUCUGCCUCAGGCUACAGUAAGAUGAAGAAGUUGAAUGACUUGAGAGAAGAGUCUUGGCCUAUUACCAAUGUGUAUUUCCAAAUUAACACCUCCGAUGAGGCGCAAAAAGGUGGUUUAUCAUAUGACGAAGUUGACAAGAUCGUGGAAGAGAUUAAAAACAUUAACAAAUCAUGCGCCAAGCUUGCUUUCAAGGGAUUUAUGACUAUUGGUUCCGUUGGUCAAUCUACCAAGCAUGAUGGGUCAGAAAAUACUGACUUUGAAAAAUUGGUGAACUUGAGAAAACAGGUUGCAGAAAAGUUGAAUAUUGAGGAAAAUGAACUUGAUUUGUCCAUGGGUAUGAGUAAUGAUUACGAAGAAGCUAUUAGACAAGGUACCAACCAAGUUAGAAUUGGAACCAACAUUUUUGGUGCUAGAGAUUAUUCCAAAAAAAACUAA